CCCUAUAAAAGACAGAGUUCUUGCCAGCAAUUGUCACCAACAACAAAGCAACUUUACUGUUCUAAGUCUUCUGUUCUCCGUACUCUACACGGUAUUUCUCUUGAGAGUUGUUCUAGCGACUUUUCUCGAAACACUUUCAUCCAUACCCUUCUACCGACAAAUCCGUCAUCGAACACAUACCCUUUCGCGCAUUACUCAUUCUUCCAGCACUGUUUGCGUGCAAUUGAUAUCUUUAAGCAUUUUUUGACUGCAUUAAAAAAGGUCGAACCAAAACUUCUUCAUCUCAAACGCGUGAAUCUUUGAUUUCGUUUCUGUCUAUCACUUCCAUCACAUACCACUCACUUUUGCAUUUUACAAGAUGAAGUUCUCUUCUCUCUUGACCUCUGGUCUUCUGGGCCUUCUGGGCACUGCCCAAGCUUCUCCUCUUUGGAGACGUGUGAACUCUACUACGUCUUCUACUACGUCUUCCUCCUCUACUACCAAUGUUACUGGUUUCAAUGACGGCACUCCUUUUGGUGUGCUUACCAUCCGUUCUGGUAAUCCAAACGUCCAUCUCCAUGGAUUCUACGUCUCCGACGACGGUGAUGUCUACUUGAGCCCCUACAACAACUCGGCCAUUGGCACUUUCGAGAUUGCUGACGGCAGCCUCACCUUUGACGGCAAGACCGCCUUCCUUGGUAAGAAGGGCGAGUUGCUCUUUGGUUACAACGUGACGAGUCCCGCCGAAACGUUCACUGCCAACACUCCUACGAGUCUUGGUUACUAUCUGUUGCUGAACGGUUCUUCUCCUUACGCUUGUCCCGUGUACAACGGUACGGCUUUCCAAGUCUACUAUGGCAAGCAAUUGUAUGAAGACUUGGUCAACGGCACCAACACGACCCUUCCCACUCAGAAUCCCGAGUGUGUUGGUUUCGAGGCUAUUGGCUUGAAGGCCGAGGCCCCAGUUUCCUCUACCAAGUCUGAGUUCGCUUCUUCUACUGCCAGCUCUACUGUCGUGACCAUCGUCACCGCUUCUCCUGCCACUUCGUACGUGUAUGUUGAGCCCACAACCAUUACCUCUACUGCUGCUGGUUACACGACUACUGUCACCUUGAAGCCUACUACCAUCACUUCGACCGUCUCUGGUCACCUCACAACUGUCACUGUGCAUCCUUCCACUUAUGAGGAGACUGUUUCGGCCAGCACUGUGACCGUCCACACUGGCGGUUACACUUCCGUUGUUACCGUUACUGAAACCGCUACCGUUACCAGCGUGUUGGAGGUUGUUCCCGUGUCCAGUGGUGCUGCUUCUUCCACUGUUUCGUCCGCUCUCCCCGCUUGUACUUACGAUCCCCUCGUCACCAACGUCGGCCGUCUGUUCCCCAACGACAUUCGCAACUUCAACUCGUCUACCCCUAACGACAACACGACUACCCAAUACUCCGCUGUCGUUUACUCCAACGGUACCGAGUUUGUUAGCAGCAUUCUCUCCUUCGAUGUCCCCGCUCACACCAGCGAUGACUGCCAGGUUAACCUUCACUUCGACUUGAAUGGUUUCCCCUUCGGUGUUUCCGGUCCCAACGGUACUGGUUCUUUCGACAUUUACAACUUGACUGGUUCUCCCAACGACACCACCACUUACAACUCGGUUCCUCAACGUAUUGCUCGUAUCGGUUCCUUCAACUGCACUGAUGGUGGCUGUGACUACACGGCCGAUGUUGUGUGCCCCAAGUCGUUCACGAGAGUAUCCUACGAGCUUGCUGGCGCCAGCAACGGUUCUGCUUUGACUUUCUUCGAGCAAGCUAGCCCCAUUGAGGGUAUGACCUUGUUGAUUUCUGUUUAAGCAACGACCCACUGCAUGUUUUAUCUUGCUUGAUGAACGAUACCCCGCAACUUGAUGUGACUAAAACAUUUCAUUCUAUUAUCCCUUCUAUGUUUUCUAAUGUGUUUAGCUAUCUUGAAAUCAGUUAGCCUCGAACAUCUGUUCCAACUCUGACGCUGCUUGGAGGUGAGAUGAGUUAUUUUUUGAGGUUAAUGGGCCGGCCGUACUCCGCCGCAUCUCUUUGCUUCUUUGCGCUCUCAAUUGUAUAACACUUCUUAUUCUCAUAAUUCGGUACGUUCUUAAACAGAUGGA